AUGCAUAUUCUUCUCACAAACGACGAUGGGCCGUUGGACGACAAAACUUGUCCAUACAUCAAAUAUUUGGUGGAUGAAAUCAACACUGCUACAGACUGGCAGUUGUCCAUCGUCAUCCCGAAUCAACAACGCUCUUGGAUAGGAAAGGCCCAUUUUGCUGGAAGAACUCUCUCCACCACCUAUAUAUACACCAAGACGUCGACAACCGUCAAAAACCCCGAUAUAAACUCCUACGAUGGCCCAUACGAUACCCCCCAAAAUCGGUCCUCUGACUACCAAGAAUGGUGUCUUAUAGACUCCACACCGGCUGCCUGUGCCGAUAUAGGCAUUCACCACAUGUACGAGACUCCCAUAGACUUGGUGGUCAGUGGACCAAAUUUCGGCAAAAAUUCUCUGAACUUGUACAUCCUCACCAGUGGUACGGUAGGUGCUGCCAUGGAAGCGGUGACCCACGGCGUCAAGUCGAUAGCCUUGUCGUAUGCGUUUAACAGUUUGGACCACGACUACCAAAUUUUGAAAGAAGCUGCCAAGAUUUCCGUGAAAUUGAUUGAAAAAUUGUAUCACCAGUUGCAAAUUCAGCCACAAGUAGACUUGUUUUCUGUCAAUAUUCCGCUUGUGGAGUCGUUGAAAUUGGGUACGACAAGAAUCCAUUAUGCUCCAAUUCUCCAGAACCUGUGGAAUUCAAUUUAUGCUCCAAAUGUCGACGAUAAUGGACGCAAACAAUUCUUGUGGAAUCCUGAUUUCAAAAAAGUUUACAAAGACGGUUUGUUAGAUACCAGCCAUACAGAUAGCAGGGUCUUGCUCAACGAGGGCAUCAGUGUGACUCCGUUGCGUGCUGCAUUCACGGUGACCCAUCCUCUUGAAGGAGAAAUUGUUCUUGAAGACAAAACAGAAAUUAGUUUUGAAAAAGCUAACUGGACUUGUCUUGUCACCAUUCCUCAGACUUCUUAUGUGUAUGACUCCAUCGUUGAGGCUUGCAAAAGGAACAAAAUACCCUUUACAACGGACAAAAAUAUUUUAAGUCUGACAGAGAAAGUUUUCCAUUACGGUGAAUACGAAGACUUGGACAUUGACUUGCUCCAGGAACACCCAGAACGGUAUUUUGUAUGCUCAUACAUUUACAGAAAGUCGCUUAUUCGCAAGCACUUUCUUGCCAACACAGUGCACCAUUAUGUGGCCAAGAACCCGCUGCUGGUAUUGACGAAAGCUGUUCCAGAAACCUUCCAACUUGAAGUUGAUUAUGCUGAGUUUCUCGAUGAUGCCCUAGAUGAAUGCUACGAGUUGCGCCAGGAGUUGGAAACAGGGAAAGAUACAUGGAUAUUAAAGCCCAGUAUGUCCGAUAAGGGCCAAGGAAUAAGACUUUUCAAAACGGUGAAACAAUUGCAAGCAAUUUUCGAUUCUUUCGAACUGGAAAGUGAUGACGAAGAAGAAAAUGGAGUGAUUGUUUCACAGCUUCGUCAUUUCAUUGUACAAAAGUACAUUUCCAAUCCAUUGCUAUUGGGCCAAUGCAAUAAUAGAAAGUUCCAUCUUCGCACCUAUGUGGUUUGUGCGGGAAAUCUUCUGGUAUAUGUUUACAAAGAUAUCUUGUGUUUGUUUGCUGAUUCCCCCUACACACAGCCAGACGGUUCAGAGACAGAAGUAGCCAUGGAUGGUCAUUUGACCAAUACUUGUAUUCAAGGAAACGAGCCCUUGGUGGUUCCGUUUUGGGAUCUUGAGUAUCAAAAGAAAGAUGUCAUUUUUGACCAAGUCAAGGAAAUCACAGCAGACUUGUUCAAGGCCGCCGUCAACGUCGACAGAAUGAACUUCCAGCCGCUCGACAACGCAAUUGAAAUUUAUGGCAUAGAUUUUUUGGUUGCAAAUGAUAACCAAGUUUCACUCUUGGAGGUCAAUGCAUACCCUGAUUUCAAGCAAACCGGACGAGAAUUGAAAACCAUAAUUGACACUCUCUUUGAGCAAACUCUUACCACAUUGGUAGGACCCUUAAUCUCCCAAACUGGUGGCGGAACACUGACCAAGUUGAUACUGGUGUUGCAACCAACCAAAAUGUCGCAAUAA